CAUAAUAGAACCUUGCUUGAAAAUCAAGAACAAAAAAAUAUUUAAUGAACAUGAAACACACAUUUCAACAACCAACUUAAACAUUGCAUAUCCAUCUCAAUUUAAAACCACCUAAGUUUUAAUGAAUUCCAACCAAUUCAAUCUCUACCUCAUUUAUAACACUACAAUUUUUGUUCUUCUAUUUUCUCCAACAUGUCUAAACCAAAUGUAAGAAGACAAGCUUUGGAAAGGAACACAAGUUUCAAAGAUACACAAAAAAUAUUGAACCAAAGUUUUUUCCAAAAUAAAAGUCUCAAGAAAGUGUACCCUAUCGGGCUUCAAAAAAGCACUUCAUCUUCAUCUUUAUCUCUAUCUUCAAUAUCACUAUCUUUGUCACAAAACUCAAAUGACUCUUCUCAAGCUGAUUCUUUGACUCCAUUGGAUGAAAAUAUUUCAUUGGCACUUCGUUUGAUUUCAGCUUCACCACAUGAAAGAAGAGAACAUGGAGUAGCUAAUAAAACUAUACAUCAACAACAACCAAGUCUACUAGUGAAUACUGAGCCAGGGGAAUUCAAAAGAUGCAAUUGGAUCACAAAAAAUAGUGAUAAGGUAUACAUAGAAUUUCAUGAUGAAUGUUGGGGAGUUCCAGCUUAUGAUGACAACAAAUUGUUUGAGCUUCUUGCAAUGUCUGGAUUGCUCAUGGACUACAAUUGGACAGAAAUUAUUAAAAGAAAGGAAACACUAAGAGAAGUUUUUGCUGGAUUUGAUCCUUACACUGUUGCCAAAAUGGAGGAAAAGGAAAUCAUAGAGAUAGCAUCAAACAAAGCACUUUCUUUAGCUGAUAGCAGAGUUAUGUGCAUUGUGGAUAAUGCCAAAUGCAUAAUGAAGAUUGUUAGGGAAUGUGGAUCAUUUAGUAGCUACAUAUGGGGUUUUGUAAACCACAAACCAAUAAUUAACAAAUACAAAUAUCCAAGAAGUGUCCCAUUAAGGAGUCCAAAAGCAGAGGCUCUUAGCAAGGACAUGGUAAAACGUGGGUUUAGGUUUGUGGGCCCAGUGAUAGUCCACUCUUUUAUGCAAGCUGCUGGAUUGACCAUUGACCAUCUUGUGGAUUGUUAUAGACAUUGUGAAUGUGUAAGCCUAGCAGAAAGACCUUGGAGGCAUAUCUAACAUACAUUUUAUUCACCAUCACUAUUUUCAGUUUGGUUUUGUAAGUGUAAACGUGUAAUGCAAGUAAAUGACAUUAAUGUUGUAAUUUGUAUAAUUCCUUUGUUAUUUUGGGUCUUUGGGUUUUUUCCCUAUUAUUUCCAAUUUCUAAACCUUGUUGUAUAGUUGUUAACCCCUAUUUUGCCACAAUAAAGAAAGAAAGAAAGAAAGUGGGUUAGUUAGAAUUAGAGUUAUUUUCAGAAAAGCAAGACUAUUUUGUAUCUACUUGUUUAGUGUGACAUGUAAAUAAAAACUAUAUUGAGAAAGAUGUUUUGUUCAAAGCUA